UCGAGGGAGGCCCUUGUUAAAGCUACAUCAGCAGCACAACGGGGCAGAAUGAUUGUUCCCAAGCCAGCACUUCAGUUCUGGGUCACCACAGAUGCCUGGCAAUCCAGGACAAAUGCUUCCACCUCCUGCUCCAGUUUCAUCCUAUAACUCACUAUGUCAUUCAAAUGGCUAUACAGCCAACCAUCAAUUCCACCACCAAUACCGUAGCAAGAUGCUUCGUGCAGCAUCAUCCAGUCGUGUUCAAAUUGUCACAAUCCGAGCUGCCCUUCAUCACUUAAAGCCAGAAGGCAAGUCAGGCACUUUGCUCGUUGGGAACAUCGAACGAGACAUGCGUGUAUCGUUGUCUACCACACAAACAGAACUUCGCUUGGAUAUAAUCCGGCAUCUCCAGUCACCAUGGACAGAAUGGUCAUGCAAACAUUCUCUCACCCUUGAGAGUCUCGAGAUGCAUAAAUCACCCAUGAUGCUUCUCUUUGACCCGAGGCAGCCAUUGUAUGAUCCUGACGCAGUGGUACUUCAUGAUUUCUUCCUUUGCUCUACAACCAAAGAUUUGGUCCCAAAAUUCUAUGCCAGCACAAAGGUUGCUAUUCUUCUCAUUAUGACACACGCACAGUAUGAAAGUGUCCAACUCUGGAGGGAGCAAAUUGAUGAGUUGGUGGGUCUUCGUCAUUAAUACUUACGUCUUGCUAAAUGCAGUGAUUUUAGCACUGUGAUGAUGCCACUGAGAUGAAGGACGUACAGACAAAUUUGCACACAUCACCACCUGUCUAUGCAACUGAUGAGGCAAGCAACACUACGCACUCUGAGUUACCAAGUCGACACCCGAAGAAGCCACGCAGCCCCAGUCACACUACCAG